UUGCGUUGUUUAGAAGGAGUGCAAAGGCGAAUUGAGUUAUUGCACACGCUUUACUCAACAGAGUAGGCGUUCACUAACGGAAAUAUGUAGAUAUAGCUCGAACGAGCCAAUAGGAACUUGCUAACUCGUGCUUGGCUCUGUCCAUCUCUCUGCUUGUUCUGCCCACUAUGACUAAUUUGUUCCCUUGGAAAAGACGGGCUGUGGUCUAUUUGGGUUUAGUUACACAAAUCUUUGAUGUAACGAUAGCGCAGUGCCUUUGAGGACACGAAAGUGGUUACAGUUUAACAGGAUUUAACGCGUUUUCCUAUGCUAAAGUUGGUCCCUUGUCGCCACCGGUAGGACACUGAGGGGCGGUACCAUAAUGGCUCCAGUAGUGAAGCUGGCGGCGAUCUCUGCAGCAAUGGGAAUGGCCUCGUUUCAAGUUUAUGCCAUGAGUGAGGACAAAACAGAAACCGUGCGGCUCUCCCCUAGAGAGUUGUCCAUCUAUGCUCCAGACCCUCCAGCAACACACUACAUGGAUGAGCAGCCUGGAGAUCUGCAGAGUGGGCUGGGUGUGGUCCGAGUGGGGCUGCUGCCAUAUGUUAGAGCCGUUAAGAAUGCUUAUACCUCUGUCAAGGUUGGAGCUGUAACAGUCUAUACUGCUGGACACGAUACAUAUGAGUUCCUGAGAGAUCCUCCUCCUGGUUUCUUCCCGAGGGUCAGUGUGAUCACAGUCUCUGGGUUAGCUGGUCUGAUCCUGGCAAGGAAAGGGCCACAUCUGAUGAUGUUGGGGGUUCCUCUGGGUAUGGCCACUGUUGGGAUGGCCGUGUGCUACCCCACUCAGACAGUGGCUGUUGUAAAGAUGACUGGGCAGAAGAUGUAUGCAGCCAACCAGUACACCACCUCAUAUGUGGCAUCAACCUUUAAAUCAAAGCCCAAAGAAGUAACUCCCCCAACUGUCAGUCUUGAGAAGCAGCAAGCCCCACAAGCCCCACCAGCUCCAAUCCCUGAGACAGAAAUACCUCAGGCAAAGCCCCUCCCUGAAGCUGGAUCAUCGGAACCAGUCAUGCCUGCUGUUGACGAGGCUCCUCCCUCUGAACCUGGCUGUGCCCCAGUCCCCAUAGAAGAGUCUGUUGAGACGGCCCCUGUGCCUUCUGUUGAGACGGCCCCUGUGCCUUCUGUUGAGACGGCCCCUGUGCCUUCUGUUGAGACGGCCCCUGUGCCUUCUGUUGAGACGGCCCCUGUGCCUUCUGUUGAGACGGCCCCUGUGCCUUCUGUUGAGACGGCCCCUGUGCCUUCUGUUGAGACGGCCCCUGUGCCUUCUGUUGAGACGGCCCCUGUGCCUUCUGUUGAGACGGCCCCUGUGCCUUCUGUUGAGACGGCCCCUGUGCCUUCUGUUGAGACGGCCCCUGUGCCUUCUGUUGAGACGGCCCCUGUGCCUUCUGUUGAGACGGCCCCUGUGCCUUCUGUUGAGACGGCCCCUGUGCCUUCUGUUGAGACGGCCCCUGUCGAGGAGCCUGCCCCUGCACCUCCUGGUGAAGAGAUUCCUCCACCUGCCCCUGUUGAGGAGGAAGCUGCUUCUGCAGCUGAAGAGGCUGUCCCUGCACCUGUAGAGGAGGUUGCUGCCCCACCUCCUACAGCUGAAGAGACGGCAUCUGCUCCUGUUGAGGAGGCUGCUCCUCCAGCUCCAACAGAGGAGCCAUCUGUGAUUGUAAUAGUAACUGAUGGGAAACCCAAAUUUGCACCCGAGGAUGAAGACCUGUACAACAUGCGUGGAUGAAGAACGACAGGAGGAAAAGGAGAAGAGGAGCUUGCAGUUUACAUAGACACCCACAGGGAGCAGGGUGCAGGCCAUCAUCUGCAUCCACCAGAACAAACAGCCAUCUUUACACUCUUCUUCCAGGGUCACAACACAAGGUUUCCUUACCAGCGCUUACACGGAGUGUACAAAACAUUAAGAACACCCUUUGCCCUCAGAACAGCCUCAAUUUGUGGAGUCCACAAAUUAUGUUACUAACCAAACUGGACCAUUACACUAAAUAUAUAUAUUUUUUUACUAGGGACUUUACUUGGGUCACUGCUAUGCUGUCACUUUUUUUGUCAGCCACAUUCAUGUGGUGAAUGCCUGUUUUUAGUCCGGUCAGUCUAUGCAAAUAUUUUCCAUGUGGCAUUUUGUAAACGAGUGAGCCGUUUUAACACAUAUCCAUGUUUUUAUAGCAUUUGUAAGACUUUAUAGCACCAUAGAACUACUGAGUUGAACCUUUUUGUAAAAACCCAAUGUUUAUGGAUGUGUGCAGCUCUUGCACAAGUUAGACACUCACAAAUAAGCCCACAUAGAGGCACCUGGAGGUCAUGUUACAUUAUGAACUGGCCAGUUUGAUAUGUGUGUUUGGAUCAUUGGAAUAAUGUCCUUGUACUUGAUGUCAGUUAGUAUUUUCAAAAGGAAAUGUUUCAAACAGUUUUGUUUGUAUUUUAAUAGAACUGUCAACAUAUUUAAACUUUAUAUAUAUACAUGGCUAUUUUACAGUACAGCCAAGAGGACAUAUUUUACAUGUUUUAUCACUCCCUCUUUUUUCUUUUUUUAUAAAUGAAAAUCACUUCACGAAUUGACUGCCUUCAAUUUGAAAUCACCCCAGCCCUGAUCUUCACAAUGAUAAUCAUGUUUCAGAUGUGUGUUCUUUUGUGCAAUAGAAUUGCCAAAUAGGGAAUAAAGGCAUUUUCCUUCA